CGUUGCACUAAAACUGAAAAAACUCCAAAUUCCAGUACGAAGUAAUAGUCAAAGCACUAAAAUGGAAGUUUGGCCAGCGUUUUUUUUUUCAAUUGGUUGUAAUGAGAGCUAGAAUUGCCCGUUAUCAUCUAAGCCGCGCCCGGCGCCGAACUCGCUCGGCCAGCGCUAAAUGAAAAUGGAAAUAGAAAGUGGCGACGGGUCUAAAACCCUAUUGAUACCCGGAUCCAUUACACAUUUCGGCAGAGGCGCAGGUUUCAACUACGACGACGACCGUACUGUGUCACGCCGCCAAAUAUCCAUCCAUCCCUACCCUUCCUCUGACCAUGAACGCGAUGGCCCGCCGGUUCGUUUCGAAGUUGUGGGGAAGAACCCGGUUUGGGUCCACAAUAGCAAGAGCGGCGGGGUGAAGACAUACCGGAGAUCCGAAAGAGGUGAAUUGGAGAGCGGAGACAUGUUCUGUGUUUCAGCGAAGAACCCCGUUUGGUUCACGCUCAGAAGAACUGAUUCCGAAUCUCAAGGUAAUGCGGGUAAGAAGAAAGACACGCUGGUUAGCAAUAGCACUGAUCCGGACUAUGAGCAACGAGGGGUUGAAGAAUUUGACCCUGAUUCCAUCAAUCUAUCAGACAUUGACCCUGUCAAAGAGUUUGGUUUGAUGGUUAUGGGGCAUGAGUUUGAUGCUUAUCCAAAAAAAAUGAUAAAAGACAUCAAGAAUUGGGAUUGGGAUAUUGAGGAAUCAGGGGAUGAAAACGAGAAUGACGAAGGAGGGAGGAGGAGGUGGAAGAGGAAGAGGAGUUGUAAAAAUGAUGGUGAUGGUGAUGAUGAUGAGUGGAGAGGGGAAAGUGAGGCGGAGGAGGAGAAGGAAGCAAUAAAUAAAUCAAGGAAACCUCAAAUCGCUAAGUAUAUGAGUACUAGAUCCAAGAAUUAUGGUAAACCAAGUAAGGGUGCCGGAAAAGAGAAGAUUUUAGCUCAAACCGAAGGUACAUGUGAUGAAGAUUCCGAUGAUGAGGACUCAGAUGAGACGUUAGGAGGUUUUAUUGUUGUAGACGAAGAAAUUGGAGAAGACGAUACUGCUGAAGACGAUGAUGAAGAGGAAGAAUUUGAUGAAGAGGAAGAUGAUUUAGAAGAAGAGUGAUGAGGUUUGCAAGUAUGCUCAAUGCCUCGAUGGUUCUUUAUGAUGGUUGUUGUUGUUAUAACCCUGUAGUUUGUAUAAAUGCUCAAUUUGUUGUGAUUUGUACAGCUUUUUGGAAUGCUUAUCCAAUAUCAUCAUACAUAGCCUUCCAUUCAUUUCAUAUUGUGGAGCUUAUUCCUAUAAAUGCUCUUUGAUUUGUGGCAUUAUUCGUAGUUGUUGUUUGAUUUAUGGCAUAAACAAGUAAAAGUUGUAUUACAUUUUGGAAGAAAGAGUAAUUGUUUAUGAUGAUGUAAAUAGUAAUUGCGAAAAUGACAAAA